ACUUAAUGUGGAGGAAAGACUCCAGUGAUGGAGAUGGAGGAGAAGAUAGAAAUUGUCACCAGGGAGACUCUACUCCGAGCACCAUCAGCUGACUACCGUGCCUUGGAUCCACCGCCUGCAGGCUGCUGUGAUCGCUGCCCCGGCUGCGGCUCCUGCCCCGGCUGCGGCUCCUGUCCGGGCUGCGGCUCCUGCCCCGGCUGCGGCUGCGGCUCCUGCCCCGGCUGCGGCUCCUGCCCCGGCUGCGGCUCCUGCCCCGGCUGUGGCUCCUGUCCGGGCUGCGGCUCCUGCCCCGGCUGCGGCUGCUGCCCUGGCUGUGGUUGCGGCUGCUGCCCAGGAUGCGACUCCUGCCCCAGCUGCGGCUGCUGCCCCGAGUGCUGCUGCCCCCCGAGCUGCGACUGCUGCUGCCAGCUGUGCUGCUGCCUCCCGCGGCUGCUGUGCCAGCUGCCCAAACUGGCCGGCUGCCCGGUGAACUGCAAGAAGCUCCUGCUGGUCCUGGUGGUCGUGCUGGUCGUGGUGCUGGUCGUCGUGGGGGCACUCCUGAUGGGGCUGUACAUCACCCAGGCGCACCCGGAGGCGCUUCUGCAAAUGACCAUUGAUGGGGUGGGAGGAGAAGAAUCCCAGCUGAAGUUCUCCAGGGAUGAAGAAGUAGCCACUUACUAUGUGGAUGAUGGAAUCCACAGUCCAGCCACGGUCAUUUAUGAUUUCUCCAAGCUGCUGAUUGGCUACAAACCUGAUCAUCGUGAAGCCUGCUACAUUACCAGGAUGGAUAAAGAAAAUAUCCAAGGAGUAGACACUCUCCUCAAGGAAUUCCAGACCAGGUUGUCCGUCAUGCAUCUCACACAGAACGGGAAGGAGAAGGAGCAAGAAGAAGAAUCCCUCACUUUCCAGAUGGAUCGUUCACACCUGGGAACUACAAUUAACGUCCUCUGCAAACACAUUCCCGUCUUCUAUACUUAGACCUCUUAGCAGAAACUGGAGCUCCACGUUCUGGACCGAUUCCAAAUGGACCAGCAACAUGGCUUCGUCUGGGCUCCCCUGGGCAGUUCUGAGCUGCCUUUCCCGUGGCUUCAGGAUGGGUUUGCAUUGCUACGCGCAGGAGGUUAAGCUAAGUGCCUAAAAAGAAGAAGAAGAAGAAGAGUGGCAAAUGGGGGGUGGGGUGGGGCUGAAGAGCCAACCUUUCUUUAUUCAUGGCUGUUAUUAAUGUCCACAAGGCAAUCCUGUUUUGUAUGUAACAUGUCAUUUGUCUGGGCAGGGGCUACUUUUUAAUUAUGCAUCGAAGCAACAGCCCCAAAUGUCUGGACCGCUUCUCUCUCUCUCUCUCUCUCUCUCUGGACAGGCCCUAUAGCGUCCAUCCCUCCAUCUUACCGUCCUCCUAGUACAGAGAAUGGAGGUGCUAAAGGGGCUGAGUUGCCGUUCCCUUUCAUAACUACUUUCACAAAGCCAUUAUUAUCUUCAGAGAGGGCCUCACUCUUGCCUGCCUGAGGUUGCAUUGCCCUGGCCUAAAAUUUUGGACUGUUCACUCCAUUCUCUUUCUCCCGACUUAUUAUCACACAUGACUGAUCACAGCAGAAUGGGAAAGCACUUAAAAGAAAUGACAAAAAACUGAUUUACACUAAGUGACAGCAAUCAAAGGGUGGUGAUAAUCUGGCCUCCGGGUAGCAAGACUUCAGGAAAACCAGGAGAAACAGAAAAUGCUCUCUAGCAAGCAGUAGUCCUUGCUGAGAAGAUACCUUGGUCUGGAUGGUUCCACUCCAUCCAUGUAGGAGCCAACUGAAAAUAUCUUCUUCCUUCUUCUUCUUUCAUCCCAUAUCCUUCCAUGUAGAAAUCUGGACUGAUGGGCUUCCAUGGAGGGCAGGGCUAGGAGGAAGCCAGUGACAACGUGCACAUCAUGGUGUCAGCAUGCAAAUGAAGCAAAGUUUGUGAUUCCGUCCCCAGAAACUAUACUGCGGUGAUAUUUCUUGUUGUCCUAUUGUUAAUCCCUGUCCUGCCUUUAUUGCCCCUGUUGCCAGUCCCCGGCAAGAGAAUGGGUGACAAAGCUGAACAGAUUUUACACCGCUUGUGGCUGCUUUUGAAUACUAAGUACUAAGUACUAAUCAAAAUACUAAAUGCUAAAUACAGCUUUAAUAACAGCCCCCCUUAAGCUUUCCUCGCUCCCCUCAUAGGCUGGAGAUGAGAUGAAGACAAUCUCAUGGGAACACGACGGUCAGAAGAUAAUACCAGGUCAUGUCUGUGGUUAGGUCAAAGUGGGAAGGGGCCAAAGAUUAGUCCAAUGGAAGCUUUCAAUGCCAUCUAGUAAACAGGUUAGCAUUUCCCAAGAACUGCAGAACCUUGGCUAUUAAAACAAGGUAUUCUUAGACUCAGACGUUGUCACGGUUCAGGAGGAAAGACACCCACAAUGAUAGUCACCCCUGAAGUUCUACCACUGUAGGCCAUGUUCUCCAAAGAGGGCACUUCAAGACUGUUUUCAGGAUGGACCCAGUCAGCAGGUUUUAAAUAGCAUUGUGGGGUAUACAUUUAGAGAAAUGGUGGGAAUAAAAUCUCCAUGCAAGCCUUCUUCAACAUGGUGACUUCCAGCUGUUUGUGGACAAGUCCUAAAAUUUCCAGGCAAUUGCCAUGCCAGCACUUCUAGAGAGUGUUGGGGGCAGGAGGACAGAGAGAGAGAUCCUAUGUCAGUAUGAAGUUUCCACAUCAAGUCAUUUGUGGUAGAACACCAACGCUUCCCCAAAAAUGUUGUGGCACACUCUCAACUGAGUGGGUUGGGACUUUGACAUCGGCCGGCGCUCAAAGAAUGGCAAAAACAGGGAGGGGAUUUGAUUAAAUUGAGCUGCAUUGCCCUCUCACACACCAGUUUUAACCAACUCUUGGCUCUCCUAAGUCUUCCAAACUUCGUAGCUGAGAGAGCUGUAGAUUAUACCCAGAUAUGUUCCUACUGAUUUUGACUGAUUACUACAGAGAAGCAAUUCAAUGGCUGUGUUCAUAUAUCAACCUAGGCUAACCAUCUCUGUUAACAGUCAUGUGAAAAGCUCUAUUAUACUUCGUCACAUGUUGUAUUUUAACCAAGCUUUGGGGCUGACCAUGUUAUUCAGGUCCAAAAUGGUCAGAAACUAGGACUUUACCCUAUGACAGACUUUGGAUAUAUGCCAGUUUCUGGAACUAUCUUGUUCUUAAAGGAUCUUUUUGUUAAGGAAAUAGAUAAUCCCUCUGAACCCACUCUGAAAACCAUUUCCACAACAGACCACUUGAAGCCUUUGAGAAACUCGGCCACAGAAACAUCAGCCUGCUCCUGAGUUUGCGUUUGUGGGUUUCUGCCUAAUCCUGCCUUCAGAGGGCAACCUUGUACAGAUUAUUUGCUUGCAAACUGUCUCUCAUUUCUUUGCCAAAAAAAAAAAAGUUCAAACUCAGUGCUUAUAACACAGACACUGCACAGUAGUUUGCCAAUGUACUCCUUGCAUUUAGAAGAUGCUUUUACGUAAGAACUGCUUUGAAUUAACUGUUGUGAUCAAAUGUGUGUGCGUAUUGUUGGAUUUUGUCAUCCAUUCCUGGGAAUAAAAG